AUGAAUUUUAACGCUUCAAGGAACGUGAAUCCAGUGGGUGGGCCUCGUAAGGCUAAAAGAGUGAGUGAUGUAUCAGCCAUGGGAGUUCCUUCACCGGUUCCAGCUUAUAACACACCGCCGGUAUAUAAUCAGGGUUUUGAACCAGCCUCACCGGUAGCUCCAUACCAGCAAGGCAUCCAAGUGGAAACACGACAGGACUUUGCACCCACCGAGCCCGCUGGAAAUUUUGGCUACAUGGCGGGAUACCCUCAGUCUCCCAUGCCAUCGGCUGCUAACAUAGGGUCCAUGCUUCAUCAGCCCAUAGUACAGGACAUGGCGCUCCAGUAUGGGUCAGCGCUGGCGGCGGAGGGCCGGGCGGCUGUGUCCCGGGAGCUCGGCCGGUUCGUGCCUAUGACGCGCCUUAGAUACUAUUUCGCAGUGGACACCAGAUACGUACUCAAGAAACUAUUACUCCUUGUCUUCCCCUUCACACACAAGGAGUGGAUGGUGAGGUACGACCAGGACAGCCCGGUCCAGCCUCGCUACGACGUGAACGCGCCGGACCUCUACCUGCCCGCCAUGGGAUACGUCACAUACGUGCUGCUGGCCGGCUUCAUGCUGGGUCUCCAGCAGAGGUUCUCGCCAGAACAGAUCAGCAUCCAGGCGUCGAGCGCGCUGGCGUACAUCAUCUUCGAGAUGGUGCUGUACCUCAUCACGCUGUACAUCACCAACACCUCCACGGCCCUCAAGACCCUGGACCUGCUGGCCUUCUCCGGCUACAAGUACUGCACGAUGAUCGCCAGCCUGCUGUGCGCGCUCAUGAUGGGCAGUACUGGAUACUACUGCUGUCUGGCGUACGGCAGCUGUGCAUUGUCGUUCUUCCUGGUGAAGACGCUCCGUCUCCACUUAUUGUCAGGUCCCCGCGAGGCGGAGCCCCGCACGUCGUACGAGUACAGCUACCCCCCCAACCCGUACUCCGACAGCUGGUCCAAGGGUGGGUCGGGUGGCACCAAGCGUCGCCUGUACUUCCUCCUGUUCGUGGCCGUCACUCAGCCGCUGCUCUCCUGGUGGCUCACCUACCACCUCGUGCCCGCGCGCGCCGCACUCACACAAACACGAUAG